UUUGGGGUGUGUGUGUAUUUCACGAAUUCGUUCUGCUUUACUUUUUCACUCUUUAAAUAGUAGUAGUAAUACUAGUUGGCCUGGUCUCUGACACUGUACUCUAAAAGAGAAUGGACGGCCUUCAUAUAUGACUCCGCUAGGAAUUUCCUGGAAAAAUUCUGAUCUCGAUUCUCGAUAGAGCAAUGGAGAGCUUCUCGUCCGAAGAUGACUACGACCAACUGAGCGAGCGCUUCGAGAGAUACAGUCUUAGUGCCGAUGUGAGUGAGUCCGAGAGCUCCACUAACCUUUCGUGUCCCCAGUACGAAAAUGAUGGCGCUGCUUCCAGUUCUUUCACCUCUUCGCCUCUUGCUGGCCUGAUAUUCGCCGACAAUUCUCUCAUUCCGGCGCCGGCGACGGGUAUGUUACCGGUCAUUGGUGGUAGGGACCUCGUCAUUCCGGCAGCGAAGACGGAAAGGUCGGAGACGAGCUUGUCUGAAGUUGAAUUGAUGAAGGAGCGGUUUGCUAAGCUUCUGCUAGGAGAAGAUAUGUCAGGUGGAGGAAAAGGAGUUUGCACUGCUCUUGCUAUCUCCAAUGCCAUCACCAAUCUUUCUGCUACCGUGUUCGGGGAGCUAUGGAAGUUAGAGCCUUUGGCUUCACAGAAGAAGUCAAUGUGGCUCAGAGAAAUGGAUUGGCUAUUAUGUGUAAGCGAUUCUAUUGUUGAGCUUAUACCAUCAUUCCAAGAAUUUCCUGGCGGUGGCACAUUUGAGGUUAUGGUCACUCGGCCACGCUCAGACCUAUAUGUAAACCUUCCGGCUCUCAAAAAGCUUGAUGCAAUGCUGCUUAGCAUUCUUGAUGGAUUCCACGAUUCUGAGUUUUCUUAUGUUGACCGUGGGAUAAUUGUUGGUGGUGCUGGUAAUGAUGAAACAUUUCCUCUGUCUCCAUCUGCUGGAAGGCCCUCAGUUAGGCAAGAAGAGAAGUGGUGGCUCCCAUUUCCUAAGGUCCCCCAAAAUGGAUUGUCUGAUGAUGGGAGGAAGAGAUUGCAACAAUGUAGAGAAUGCACGAAUCAGAUCCUUAAGGCUGCCAUGGCAAUCAAUAGUAGCGUUCUGGCAGAGAUGGAAAUCCCAAAUGCUUACUUACAGAGCUUGCCUAAGAGUGGAAAAGCUUGUUUAGGUGAGAUUAUAUAUCAUUACAUGACAGCAGAUAAGUUCUCCCCAGAGGGUCUUCUUGAUUAUUUAGACUUCUCGUCAGAAUACACCACCCUAGAAAUCGCAAACAGGAUUGAGGCUUCUGUGCACAUUUGGAGGCAAAAGAAUCUGAAACGGCAUUCAGUUGAUGCAAAGUCUCGAAAGUCAUCCUGGGGUGGAAAGGUCAAAGGUUUUGCUGGUGACAUGCAUAGAAACAAGCUUCUUGCAUAUCGGGCAGAGACCCUUUUACAAAAUUUAAAGAUGCGGUUCCCUGGCCUCCCGCAAACUGCUCUGGAUAUGAGCAAGAUUCAGUAUAACAAGGAUGUGGGACAGUCAAUCCUUGAAAGCUAUUCCAGGGUGAUGGAAAGCUUAGCCUUCAAUAUAAUGGCAAGGAUUGAUGAUCUCCUGUAUGUAGAUGAUGCCACAAAACAACGCACUGCUUCAGAAUCAGUGUCUCUAUAUGACCAGGGAAGAUUUGGCGGUACUCUUCCUAAACAAAAGCGGAUAUCACCAAGCCCUUUCUCAAUUCAACACACUUCUUGUGCCUCUCCAAUUACAUUACCAGCAUCCUAUCCUCGCAACCGAAUAGUUGGAAGCCCAGGUGAAAGAAUGAAACGUUCCAUAAGGAAGCGUAUCACAGCCGAUACACUGGAUGAGGAGUUUGGAAAACUAACUUUCUAAUUAUGGGGAAAUAAUUGGGUUAUUUCCAAAAUAAUUAAUACCUCAAGAUUUGGGUAAACUUUAGAACUAAUGUUGGCCAAUUUCUCAGUCUGUAUGUAGCAAAAAGAUGAUAUUAUUAGCCUGUUGGAUAGUAAUUAAGGUUCAGAUGUAAAAUUUUCUUUAUUUUUUCCUACUCUUUAGUAGAUUCUUAA